GCCAUAUUGCCACUUUGAUCAUAACCCAAGCGCGCCUACGAGAUGCCGUUCAAAGCCCGCUCCAACGACCAGAACAAGGUCAUCGUCGUCGGUAUCGCCAAGACGCUCGAUGACGCUGCGCUCUCGGAUAUGUUUGGCCUCUACGGCACGGUCGCCGAGGCCAAGGUCGUCAAGAACGACAAGGGUGAGUCGCGCGGCUUUGGCUUUGUCACGUACGCGGGCGCCGCGGCCAAGAACAAGGCCAUCAAGCACAUGCACCAGUCGACGGUCGACGGCCGCGUGCUCACGGUGCGCGACGUGAUUCCCAAGGCGGACCGCGAGCCCGAGGCGGCCAAGUCCGACAAACCGAAAACUGGCGUCUGCUGGGCGUUCCAGAAGGGCCUGUGCGAGAAAGGCGACGCGUGCAAGUACCCGCACGAUGUCAAGGACGGCGAGUACGGCUCGUGCUUUGAGUUUGCGCAGCAGGGCAAAUGCAAGCGCGGCGACGCGUGCAAGUUUCUCCACGGCCCGAAGGAGAAGGAGACCGACAAGUUUGCGAGCGACGACGAAGACGAAGCUGACGCAGCGGAAAAGCCAGUGGUCGCCAAGGUCGAGGUUGACCCGACCAAGCCCCGCGUCUGCUUUGCCUUCCAGAAGGGCAAGUGCCACCGUGGCAAGUCGUGCAUGUUUCUUCACGAAAUGCUCACGACCGAGGUCGCCGCGUCGACACCGGUGGAGACCAAGAAGCGCAAGCGCGACGAGACGACGCCACAAGAGGAGCUUGAGAUCCUCUUCCAGGCCGAAGACGACGCGCUCCUCAAGUACGAACAAGCCAAGAGCGCGCGCAUGGCCAAGGAGGCCGAGAUCGCAUCGAGCUCGGGCGGUGCCAAGACGACCAAGGAUGCUCCCAAGCCCGUCAAGAAGGAAGCCCCGGCGAAGAAGGAAGCAGCGGCAAAGAUGGAAGCCCCGGUGAAGAAGGAAGCCCCGGUGACGAAGGAUGCACCGGCUAAGAAGGAUGCGACCGUCAAGAAGGUCGUCAAGAAGGAGGUGCCCGUGAAGAAGGAGGCGCCCAAGGCCAAGGCGAUCGUGACCAAGAUGCCGGUGACGGCGCCGAUCGACAUGGGCGCGGCAUUCGACAGCUCGGACGACGAAAAGCCGGCGGCCAAGAAGGCCAAGAAGACGACCGACGGGAAGCCGCGGCUGCUGGCGUCCGACCACCGCAAGCUGCGCCAAGAGAAGAAGAAGGCGGCGCUCGCGCUCCUGAAAUCCAAAAAGGAGAUUGCCGUCGCGCACGACUAACGAUCAUGAUUAACUAACUAACUAGACACAUUCUACACUGCACA